GCUGUUGUUGCCGCCGCCAGCUUUUCCCGUUAGAUUCUCUGCCCCUGGUUGCCGGCACAGGAAAGGAAACCAGAAAAGAGGGGAAGCCUGUUUCCCUUUUCCUUUUUUACACAGCAGCGUCGCACCCUUCUUAAGAGCCUUACGUUACGACGCGGCGCUGUUAGCGGGUCUGUCAUCACCUGGGAGAUCAGCCCAGCUACGAGCUGCGGGUUGGUUGUGCAUGCGCCUGCGCGGGCGCAUUUGGAGCAGGAGGGAUUUGGACAGUUUAGGCGUCCUGCACCGUACGUGAAGUAGAAGGAGCGCGCGGCGUCCUUUUGUAGUUGGGUUAUUAUUAUUUUUUUAAGUGUACUGUCGUCAGUUGGGAAUCUGUGGCAGGUCUUUGGAAAAGGUUCGGGGAGGGGGAGGGGGCGGGGCGCGCCGUCCCCACUACCCUCUCCUCAGUAGCAUUAAGCGGAGAGUGGAGUGCCGGAGGAGGGGGACGCUGCCAGCACCAUCCUUUGGACCCUGUGGGCGCGCGCCUGCCUGCAGCUGGAUGGAAACAGCCUGGAGGCUUGGCAGCCUCUCGGCAGCUGAUGAAGGGCGUCCCCGAGCCUGCGCUCUGUGCGUGUUAAGUUCCCGCGGCUGCGUUUCAGACGGGAGAUGUUGAGUGGAGGCUCUGGGAGAGGGCGCAACGGACGCUUGCGCGUGCGUGACUUAAAAGGGUGACCUGUUAUCGCCCUCCCUCCCCCUGAUGGACACGGAGUCCCCGGCACAGCUUGGUGCUGCUGCUGGUGCUCCUCCUCGGACGAACGGGCUUCAUAUAAACGCGGAGCCGCUGAGGGACCGCAGUCUCCCGCCCUUGUUUUGGCGGGAUGCUGAGCUAAGCGUAUCCCCCCCAGGGCAUCUUGGCGGGCAGGGUGUGUGAGAAGGCUUUGGGGGCUUUUGCUUGGGAGGGGGCUUGGGUUUGUUUUAUUUUAUUGGGAGAGGGGCGGCUGCAGUGUAGGCGACAAAGCUCUUAAAUGGCCAGCCCCCGGAGGAGUAUUGAGUUGGAGCAUUUCGAAGAGAGGGACAAAAGGCAACAGCGCGCGGGCUCCCGCCGGGGAGGGAGCAGCUCCACUUGCAGCAGCAGCUCUGGGCCCAAAGGGAACGGGCUGAUCCCCAGCCCCGCGCACAGCGCUCACUGCAGCUUCUACCGCACGCGCACCUUGCAGGCCCUCAGCUCGGAGAAGAAGGCGAAAAAGGCGCGCUUCUACCGCAAUGGGGACAAGUACUUCAAGGGCUUAGUCUAUCCCAUCUCCAGCGACCGUUUCCGCUCCUUCGAUGCCCUCCUCGCCGAGCUCACCAGGUCUCUGUCGGACAACGUCAACCUACCCCAGGGUGUCCGCACCAUCUAUUCCAUCGACGGCAGCCAGAAACUCUCCAACCUCGAGGAGCUGGUGGAUGGUGAAAGCUAUGUAUGUGCAUCCAAUGAGCCAUUUCGGAAAGUUGAUUACACUAAAAACGUUAAUCCAAAUUGGUCUGUCAACAUAAAAUCUGGGUCAUCUCGAUCUCUCACGUCUUUGACAUCUGCAAGAAGUGAAUUGAAGGAGAGCAAAGACUUCAUUAAACCAAAACUGGUAACUGUUAUACGAAGUGGAGUGAAGCCACGGAAAGCUGUGAGGAUUUUGCUGAAUAAAAAGACUGCACAUUCCUUUGAGCAAGUAUUGACUGAUAUAACAGAAGCUAUUAAGUUAGAUUCAGGAGUGGUGAAGAGAAUUUGCACACUGGAUGGAAAACAGGUUACCUGUUUGCAAGAUUUUUUUGGUGACGAUGAUGUUUUCAUUGCCUGUGGACCUGAGAAAUACCGUUACGCUCAAGAUGAUUUUGUACUAGAUCACAGUGAGUGUCAUGUUAUGAAAUCAUCUUAUUCCCAUGCAUCUGGGGCAUCAAGGUAUUCUGGAUCAAAAAGCCCUGGAUCAAAAAGCCCUGGACCUUCACGUCGAAGCAAAUCACCUACUUCAGUAAAGAGGGGUGGCCACCACUCCAGUGCUUACUCUUCAGCAAAGUCCCCAGUCAAUGGAGCACCAAGCAGCCAGCUUUCUACUCCUAAAUCUACAAAAUCUUCUAGUUCUUCACCAACAAGCCCAGGAAGCUUUCGGGGACUAAAGAUUCCACCACAUUGUGGGUCAUCUUCCAAUGUAAAUGGUGUGCCUGAACUAUCUCCUUGUCUGAGUCCCGAAAGUGUAAAUGGAAACAAAUGCUUAGGGACAUCAACUAUUCUUGAGAAAUACAAAGUGGGAAAGGUGAUUGGAGAUGGAAAUUUUGCUGUGGUAAAGGAGUGCAUAGAACGGUCCACUGGAAAGGAGUUUGCAUUGAAGAUUAUAGACAAAGGAAAAUGUUGUGGAAAGGAACACUUAAUUGAAAAUGAGGUCUCCAUACUACGCCAAGUGAAACAUCCCAAUAUUAUCAUGCUAAUAGAGGAGAUGGAUACUGCAACUGAGCUCUAUCUGGUGAUGGAACUGGUCAAGGGAGGAGACCUUUUUGAUGCUAUCACUUCUUCAACAAAAUACACAGAGCGUGAUGGAAGUGCAAUGGUCUACAAUCUAGCCAGUGCACUGAAAUAUCUCCAUGGUCUCAGUAUCGUUCACAGAGAUAUCAAACCAGAGAAUCUCUUGGUUUGUGAAUAUCCAGAUGGGACAAAGUCAUUGAAGCUAGGAGACUUUGGACUAGCCACUGUGGUUGAAGGACCUCUCUAUACAGUCUGUGGAACACCAACUUAUGUAGCUCCUGAAAUCAUUGCAGAGACAGGUUACGGCUUAAAGGUAGACAUUUGGGCUGCAGGUGUCAUUACAUACAUACUGUUAUGUGGGUUUCCACCAUUUCGCAGUGAGAACAAUGUCCAAGAAGAUCUCUUUGAUCAGAUCCUGGUUGGAAAGCUAGAGUUUCCCUCUCCUUACUGGGAUAACAUCACUGACUCUGCUAAGGAAUUAAUUAGUCUGAUGCUACAAGUAAAUGUGGAAGCACGGUAUACAGCCGCUCAGAUUCUAAACCACCCCUGGGUGUCAGAUGAUGCCUCCCAGGAAAAUAAUAUGCAAGCUGAAGUAACAGGUAAAUUAAAGCAGCACUUUAACAACACGCUACCCAAACAGAAUAAUCCAGCCGCAGGGGUCUCUGUCAUAAUGAACACAGCUCUAGAUAAAGAAAGACAGAUCUUCUGCAACAAGCGCUGUCAGGACCCUAGUCGAGCUGCUGUGGAGCAAACCACUAUGAUAAAUGCUGCAGCUCAUGAUCUUCCUACGGUUGGGCUCAAAACAUUAUUUCCUGCUGCUUCUGAGCCACUCAAACUCUCUACAUGCCCUGUCUCAUCAUGUCAUGAUGAUACUGCAGGCUUCUGAGACAAGUUCCACUGAAAUCCACUGCUAGGUCAGGUAUCUAUCCACUACUAUUCACAUGCCUUCUCUACUGUAGUUUGUUCACAUCUCUUUGAAAGGGACACAGAUAGUACAUACAGUAGCUUAUAGGACUUUGGCCAUAAUGAUGGGGGUUUUUUUAAAAAAAGAAAUAGUGUUAAAUAUAAUUUCAAACAUAUUGGGACAUAAAUUAAUCAAUUUACUCUGGUGGUAAUCAUAUAUUGAUAUACAAACUUUAAACAGGAAGAACCAUUAAGAGGCUUUGCCCAGCAAAGUCUGGGCUUUACAAAAAGUGCCAGAGGGCAAAAAUUGGGAUGCUCUAAUUCCUUUAUGCAAUCUUAGAGUUCAGUUCCAGAGUUAUUCUGGAGAGGCAAGACUAGUGAUCCUAAUGGGCAAUCUGCACAAUAUUGAAAGGCAAGCUAUGUGAAUGAAAAUGAAUGUGUGCAGGGUGAGAGGAAUUGUUAUAAAAAUAGUGAUUUGCAAUUAAAGUUUAGAAAACAUGAAUUUAGGCAUUGAAUACAAAAGUAACACAAUCAUUGGGCAACUAUUCUUCUCCCAUUAUUUUCUUGUAUGAAGACUGCAGUCAACAAAGCAUUUUCAGCCACUGUGGUUUGUUUGGAACAGAUUCGCUCUUCCCAUUAUUAACUACAAACACCACUACAAAUUAUCUUGAAUAGAAAGCUUGCUGCAUGUUGCAUAACCUAAAAUGGAGCCAUAUAGUUACGAGUAAACCAACUAAAGCAAUGAUCUACUUGGUUACCAACACAGAAUGCUUUUGUCAUUUUGUAUUUUGUUUAGCCCUAUAACUUCAGGAAAAGUAGAAAUAUUUGGGGAGCAAUUAUCCUAAAUGUGCAGAAGGGUAGAUGGAGUUUUCUUUUUUAUCCUAAUGCUUGUUUCAAUAUUGUAUGUAACCUUAUUUCCUUUUGCUCCUUUUUAACAAUUCUGAAUCAUUUUUAUUAGCCUUUACAUUACAACUAUAAAAUCUGCAAUAAACAUUCUUCUUGAAAA